AUGGGCAGAAAGUCUAAAAGAUCUCGGCUCGUUGAAGGAGACCUAGAUGCAGCACAAUAUGUGACUGUACAGAAGGUCCGCAAAGUAGACCAGGACGGAAAUAUUAAUGUCGAGCGAAUUGUCCAGCCUGUUCAGAAUUGUAGAGCUGAGUACAAGCGCAAACAAACUGGAGCUAGAGAUCACGACGAAUGGGAAUACCAUGAUAAUGGUGUGGAUGACAGCAAGACUGUAACAGAAACUCCACAUAAAAAGCGUGUAGAUGAAUUUUUGGGAGCAUUGCUAUCGAGGGAAGCUCUUCCACAGGAUGAACAAUUCUGUCAAUCCUGCCAAAUGGAAUCCAUUGCCGUGUGGAGGUGUAAAGACUGUAGUCUGGGAUGCACCAUGUAUUGGAAAUGCAUGCGACAUGCACACAUCAAGGAACCCUUUCAUCGAAUUGAGUUCUGGAAUGGGAAAAGCUUUCGGACAGCGGAACUGUGGGAAGUCGGAGUUGCGGUAAUUGUGCCUCAUUACACUGGUAUUAGAAUGUGCAACAAUCUACAGCUGCAACAGAGGUAUUUGGAAGAAAAUGAGCGGGUCAAGGACGAUGCUGAACAGCAUUCACUCCGGCAAGGAAUGCCGAGGGGCAAUACCACAGAUGCCGACAUCUCUCAAGAUUGCGAGGUAAACAGCGAGCAGCACAAACCAAGGCAGCAUUAUGCAAGAGAAGAGGAAAUCAGUCAGGAGGCUUUACAGGAUCAACGGUUCUUUACAUACCUAGACUCUCUGAGGAGCAAUCCAAAUGCGGAACCCAUAGAAGAACCUGACGACAAUGCCAAGGUGGGCGAUGAAGAUGGCGAUGAAGAUGGCGAACUUGAUGCACAAGGCGAUGCCAUUCCGACCUGGCUUAAUCAUCGAACUGCACAAGAAAACCGUGUACGUGUCCUACAUACCAAUGGAAUACACCAAAUAUCCUUGGUGACGUGUUCGUGUAAUGGAAUAAAUAACAUUCCUUGUGACCUUAUUGCUUGCCGCCUGUGGCCUACAAGUUUUAUAAGAAUUAGAACAUUGUUUUCGGCACAUCUCCUGGAUAACUUUCGCCUUGCCAACCUUGAGCUGCAUGCAUCGGCGUACCAAUUUUAUCACCUCCUUCGUCGAGUGACCAGUCCAAUGAAUCCAGCUGGAGUAGUUGAUUUGUACAAUGAAUUUUGUCGUAUGACACGGCUGUGGCGAUGGACAAAGAAGCUUAAAUGGGCAGGGUAUGCUGGGCAUAAUGGGAAAAAGGUUUCUGAGGUUGAGAAUGGCGAGCUCGCCAACUACUGCCCUGCAUGUCCGCAACCUGGGGUAAACUUACCGAACAACUGGGAAGACGAUCCAAAUAGAUUUGUUUAUCGCCGUGUUCUUAUGGCCGACAGAAACUUCAAGGCAGAUCACGUACAACCAAAGAAGCCUUCUCAGGAUGUAUGGCUGUCUGAAGGAAGUGGAAUGAUACCCAAACGCGAGGAGUAUCACACAUUUUUGAAGAACACUAUUAAAAAGUUAACAGUAUGUACUGCACAUCCUAAGUAG